AUGAAGACUGAUCCCCACAUUUCACGCAAAGGUGUGAAUAUAGACCUAAAUGAAGUGUUAGAUGAUAUGGCAGAGCUUCAUUUGAGUGAAGAGACAUCAAACCAAGCCGUGCAUGAUAACGCACUGGAGAAUCAGUUUAAUAAUGACAAUGUAACUACAAAUUUCAAUAUAGACCUAAAUGAAUGUGUGGAAGGGACCAUUGAGUUGUCUUCAAAAGAUGUGGUGGAACAGGGCGAGGAGCUUUCUACAAAUGAUGUUGUGGAGGAGGCUCAGGUGGACGAGGAGGCCAUUGAGUUGUCUUCAAAUGAUGUGGUGGAACAGGGCGAGGAGCUUCCUACACAUGAUGUGAGGGAGGAGGCUCAGGAGGAUGAGGAGGCAUCCGUAAACCAUGUUGAUAAAAUCCCAACUGUGGGGAUGUCCUUUACUCCGGGCAAUGAGUUUGCUGAUUACUGCCAUAAGUAUGCGUAUAAUAAAGGUUUUGAGUUCUCUGUGAGAUCAAGUUCAUUAAUAGAUGAGUACCGUGAAGAAGGAGUUAACAAAAAGGGGGUAGGGGAUAAAGAGCCCAUGUAUCAUAUGAUGAGAAGGAUUCGAUUUAUUUGUAACAAAGGAGCCCCGAAAAGGGGGGAAAGAACUAAAGUUACGGGGUGUAAGGUGUUUGUAGAUGCGCGGCUAGAGAAUGACAUGAUGGUAAUCAAGCAUUGUGAUUUGUCUCACAAUCAUGAUCUUUAUCCGGAUCACACCCGGCUAAUGGCGAACUAUCGAUGUAUUGAUGAACAAUCUUUUCAAAAGAUGGUUCUGAAUGAUGCAGCUGGGAUAUCUUUGAAUAAGAGCUUUAACUCGCUUGUGAUUGGGAGUGGAGGACAUGCAAAUGUAUCAUACAAUCACCGCGACCUGAGAAAUGCAGUGAACUUGGAACGUAGGCGUACCAUAUUUGGAGGUGAUGCAGCUGCUGUUGAAGCACACUUUAUGAAAAUGCAUGAAUUCAAUAAAGACUUCUACAGUGCAAUCCAAACGGAUCAAGAAGAGAAGCUCUUGAACGUUUUCUGGGCUGAUGCAAGGUGUCGGGCACAAUACAAAGAUUUUGGAGAUAUUAUCAGAUUUGAUACAACUUUCCUAUGCAACAGUUGA